AUGGAUUUUGACGAGUACGAUUACCUGGAGAAAGCCGUGGAGGAGACCAACGGCGCGGCGAAGGAGACUCCGGACAGGGAAAAGGAGCGAGAGAGGAGCGAGAGGGGAUACAGAAGGAGAGACAGAGGCGAAGAAGAUGAAUUUGAUGAAGAAGAGAAGGAAAGGAAGAGCAGCAGCAAGAAAUCUCGGAGUGAAGCCAACGGGCGAGAAAGAGAGAAGGAGAGGGAUCGCGAUAGGGAUAGAGAUAAAGAGAGAGACAGAGAUAGAGAGAGAAGCUCGAGACAUAGGAGUCGAGAGCGGGAUUCAGACAGAGAGAGACGAAGUUCAAGGGAUAAAGAGAAGGAGAGAGAUAGAGAGAGGGAUAGGGAGAGGAGGGAUAGGGAUAAAGAUAGGGAGAAGGAGAGGGACAAAGAGAGGGACAGGGAGAAAGAGAGGGAAAGGGAGAGGGAGAAAGAGAGGUCGAGGAGGAGCCGAAGCAGAUCCAUGCUGGAACGAGAAAGAGAAAGGGAUUUGUUGAGGGAAAGGGAGCGCAUUGAACAAUUGAUUAUUUUAAAGCCUCGAAGUGUCUGUUUUGGGCAACUGGAAUGUAAAGUUCUUCUUUUCUGUACCGAUUUCUGGAGAUUCAAGGAUAAAAAGGAAGCUGUGGAGCCUGAAGCUGAUCCAGAAAGGGAUCAGAGAACUGUUUUUGCGUAUCAGAUGCCGCUGAAGGCGACUGAGAGAGAUGUCUUUGAGUUCUUCUCGAAAGUUGGGAAGGUGAGAGAUGUAAAACUAAUUAUGGACCGGAACUCAAGGCGAUCAAAAGGAGUUGGAUACAUUGAAUUUUAUGAUGUUAUGUCUGUGCCGAUGGCCAUCGCUCUGUCUGGCCACCUAUUUCUUGGACAGCCUGUAAUGGUAAAACCUUCAGAGGCAGAAAAGAAUCUUGUUCAAUCCAAUACUACUACUGGUGGUUCAGGAGUAACUGGACCAUAUGGUGUAACUGACAGGAAGCUCUAUGUUGGCAAUCUGCAUUUCAAUAUGACAGAAUUUCAGCUCAAACAGCUAAUUCCAAUCUUGAUCACAAUUCUUUUCCCUAGAUUUUUGAAGCAUUUGGCCCAGUUGAGCUUGUGCAACUUCCUACAGACCCAGAGACAGGACAUUGCAAGGGUUUCGGAUUUGUUCAGGUCGUUUGCGCAAAUUGAACAUGCGAAGGCAGCUCAAAGUUUAAAUGGGAAACUGGAGAUUGCUGGCCGGUUCAUUAAGGUUUCCUCCGUCACGGACCAUGUUGGAGUACAAGAUUCCGGAACGAAAACUGCAGAUUUUGAUGACGAUGAUGGUGGGGGUUUGUCGCUAAAUGCUCAGUCCAGAGCCAUGCUCAUGGCAAAGCUCGAUCGUAGUGGUAUUGCUUCAAGUGUUGUGGGUCCCGGUGGAGUACCUGCAAUGAAUGGAGUGGUUCCCCCUUCACAACAAGCAAUCACAAUGCCUAUAAAUCCUGCAGCGAUCCUUCCGAGUCCUGCUCUUCCUGCACAGGUUCUUACCAUGGUCCCUGAACCUAUUGGAACUCCCAGUGAGUGUUUACUGUUGAAGAAUAUGUUUGAUCCAGCCACUGAGGAUGAUCCUGAGUUUGACUUGGACAUUAGAGAUGACGUGCAAGAGGAAUGUUCUAAGUAUGGACGGGUCAAACAUAUUCACGUUGACAAGAAUAGCGCUGGCAACCUUAUGAGUAUGAUGCCAAAUUCAAGGGUGCUGUUUGAACAAGUUAUUCAAUUAAGUGGAGUGUAGUGUCUGAUGGUGCUUCCUAUAUGUCCCCCUCCUAAUCCCCUUACACCAAGAUAUUGAAUUCUUAUGGUAUGCUUGCCCGUAAUAGUCUUCUAAACUUUUAUUUUUUGUGUUGUGUAAUUUAUUUUACGGUCCGAGCCUUGUUACUGUCGUGAUUUGAGAAUUGGUUGUGUACUUGCCAUGAUGGCUUCUGUUAUAUUUAAAAAGAUUUGACUACUACUGUUCCGUGAAGUUUGGUUAAUCGUUCAUUAUGGUGUGUGCCAGAAGUUCUAUUUCUUGAAAACAGUAUGCCUGAAGUUGAAAUUAUCUGAAUCCAAAUAUCUUUUCUUUGGCUCGUCGGGGUAAAUGUGCGAUUAAUGCUAGUAACCAGUUUUGAAAGUAGGCUGUAUGUGAGGUCAAAUAGAAUAAAAUCGUGUACUCUAAUUUCUUCAAGUAUAGUGUCACCUGAUUUGAAGUUGAGAAGGGGGUUUGUUUGGAUGGACAAUGUUGGCCG